CCUCAGUUUCAGACAUCUUUCACUCACUCUCACACGCAAAAUCUCCAUUGCAGUCUGGUCAACUACUUCACAAGCAGAAGAAGGGCCGAACAAGCACACACUUGUUGCUAUUUUCAUCACUCACAAAGUUGCGAGCUGCUUGAAGACUGGCGAUUUCAUCGUUUUCUGCUUCUCGAAAUUGAUAUAAUGAUGUUAAUUCACUCGAUCUGUAUAGGAAAAAUCAAAUUAUGCUGAUUAAUCAGGCAUUAUUUGAGAAGAUCUACUUGCUCGGCUUCAGAAAUCAGUUUUUCGAUCUGUCUGAAAUUUUCAACGAUCAGUUACAAGUAAAUCAACAUAUUUCAGCAAAUAAUAAAGGAUACAACGCUAGGAUCUGUAUAAGAGUGAUUUUCCGGAGCUCUUCAAUUGUGCGGAAGCUUAAAUACCAAGAAUGUUAGAUAUAUACAAUCCUAAUGUUAGGAAUGAUGUGUUAUGAUCUUAUGCUGCUUGAAAUCAGUUGAAAGGGAAUAUGGAUGAAUAUAAUAGAGUAGAUGUGCAAAGAAACUCUGGGAGACAAUCAUCACGCCCCGUCUUGAAGUCCAUAUUAUCGGGUAAAUCAACAGCUAGAGGCUCUCCUUCAUUUAAAAGAUUAAACUCUAGUCGGACCCCUAGAAGGGACGGGAGAACUGGUGGAUUUGGUACUAAUUGUUUCAGAAGCAAUCGGAUAGUGCUUUGGUUGCUUUUGAUCACUCUUUGGGCUUAUGCUGGAUUUUAUGUCCAAUCAAGGUGGGCUCAUGGUGACAAUAAGGAAGGGAUUUUUGGGGGAAUUGAUGAAAGUGAUGAAAGUUCUGAGGUUGAGGAAGUUCAUAGGAGGGACUUGAGUGCGAGUAAUGAUUCAUCGACAGUUCAGAUUGGGAUCAAUGGAAAUCAGACUCAUGUGAACAAGAUGGAUUUGGUCUUGGCCAAGAAUGGCACUGGUGGUACUGGUGUAUCACGCAGCAUUGUAACUACAAAGAAACGGAGCAAAAGAUCACGGCGUAGUUCUCGGACAAAACGUGGUAAUCAGAAAAAGGCUUUGGGAACUGGGAGCAAUAAUGCAGAAGUCCAGGAAGAAGAAAUUCCUAAAACAAAUGCUACUUAUGGGAUGCUGGUUGGUCCAUUUGGUUCAAUAGAGGACUCAGUUUUACAAUGGAGUCCUGAGAAGCGAUCAGGAACCUGUGAUAGGAAGAGUCAGUUUGCUCGUCUUGUUUGGUCACGAAAAUUUGUUCUUAUAUUCCACGAGCUUUCAUUGACUGGAGCUCCACUUUCAAUGAUGGAGUUGGCGACAGAGCUUUUGAGCUGUGGAGCCACAGUUUCCGUAGUUGCUCUUAGCAGAAGGGGUGGAUUGCUGCCAGAGCUUGCUAGAAAAAAGAUCAAAGUUCUGGAGGACAAAGAUAGGCUCAGCUUCAAAACUGCUAUGAAGGCAGAUCUUGUCAUAGCAGGUUCAGCAGUGUGCGCAUCAUGGAUUGAACAAUAUUUUGACCACUCUGUGGCUGGAACACGUCACCUUGUUUGGUGGAUCAUGGAGAACCGACGGGAGUACUUUGAUCGUUCUAAGCUCGUUCUUAAUCGUGUAAAAACGCUGGUGUUCCUUUCUGAAUCUCAGUCUAAACAAUGGCUGGCUUGGUGCAAAGAGGAAAAUAUUCAGUUCAAGUCUGCACCCUCUCUGGUUCCGCUAUCUGUUAAUGAUGAACUGGCUUUUGUAGCUGGCAUAUCUUGUUCUCUAAAUACUCCUGCAUUCAGCACUGAGAAGAUGCUGGAAAAACGGAUGUUGUUACGUAAAUCAGUCAGAGAAGAGAUGGGAUUGAAAGAUAGCGAUAUGCUCGUGAUGGCAUUAAGCAGUAUAAACCCUGGAAAGGGCCAUUUUUUGCUUCUUGAAUCGGUGCACUUGACCACUGAUAACAAAUCAUCCCCAAGUGACAUUCAGAUUGCAGGAUCUGUUGAAGAUGGUGGAAGUUUAAGAAAAAUGUUGGCCGGGAGUGAAGAAAAGCAGGGGAAAGCUCUUAAGCUUCUAAUUGGUUCAGUUGGAUCCAAGAGCAAUAAGGUGCCUUAUGUCAAAGCGCUACUUAGUUUUUUAUCCAAACAUUCAAAUUCAUCAAAGUCGGUGCUAUGGACUCCAGCAACAACGCGUGUUGCCUCACUUUACUCUGCAGCAGACGUCUAUGUUAUAAAUUCCCAGGGGAUUGGAGAAACGUUUGGAAGAGUGACAAUUGAAGCAAUGGCAUUUGGUAUUCCGGUGCUCGGAACAGACUCAGGAGGCACGAAAGAGAUCGUUGAACACAAUGUGACCGGUCUUCUACAUCCUAUAGGACAUCCCGGAACCACCGUUCUUUCCGAAAACCUUCGAUAUUUGCUCGAAAACCCAGCAGAACGACAGCGUUUGGGACUUGCAGGGAGAGAAAAGGUGAAAAGGAUGUACUUAAAAAAGCACAUGUAUAAGAUCUUGUGGGAGGUUCUUUACAACACCAUGAGAGUAAAGUAAAUUUGCUUACUGCUGCUCAUGAUUCUUCUCUUCCAUGGAGAAAUGAUGGCAGCUCUAAGCAAAUAUAUAUUUAUUAAAAAACUAUUUAAUAUUCUUUAAAUUUAAUGUUUU